AUGGUAUUACAAAACAUGUACGAAGGCUGGUCGUACGAACGCCUUCGGCAGCAGAGAAACCGGGCACAUUUUCUCUUGGAGGAUCCCUACCGCUUUGUGACUGUUCUACUGCACAGCGGGAAGCUGUACUGUAUUGACAGCCCGUGCUAUCACGCCUCGGGGCCGUUGGGUGAGGGGGAACUGAUUGAUUUGGAGGACGCCCACACGGCCUCCUCCGUGGCGUGUCUGCGCUGUCCGUGGCACAACAUUCUUGUGGCGAUUGAGACGGGCGAGCUUGUAGAGGCGGAGCCCACCUCCCCCCUCGCCUCCGCUCCUGCGGAGGACGAGGGAAAGCUAGAGCUGCCGUCUUACCCCCUGCGGCCCCACUGGGAGGCCUCUGGGGGCCGCGUACGGCUGACACGCGGGGCGGUGGUGCAGCGGACACACAAGGUCGUGCUGGAUGAGGCUAGUGGCAUAAUGACGAUUGAGGUUGAGAACGAGUCGGUGAUGCUGCGGCAUCGCCUCCCCUCCGACGCCGUUGCGGGCAACCUGCAGAACGGCGCUCUCACAAUGCAAAUAUUUGACAUCAAGUCAAAGGGCUUGAGUUGA